GCCUUGAGUCUGGUAAGCCGUUAGGUAUCGGAGAGUCGGUCGUUGGACUAGCGUCCAUUUCUGUCGCCCGCCGGCCUUCUCGUCGUCAAGUCAAUAUCCAUUUUUGGAAAGUCCGACACCGCAACUAAUACCCGCCAUCAGUGUCCAGGCUGACCCGAAGAUAUCAGAGCGGACAGCACAAGUCAGAAGACGGCUUUGAUGAAAAUCAUAAGAUCGGAUGAUUACCAUGACCCCAAAAAGCGACAUUGACCCUGGGUCACGUUCUACAAGGAAGGGGACCGUUAUUCAAUUUGGCAGCUCCGUAGCGCAGUUCUUAGCAUGCCAGGGCCGUCGGGCCAUCAUCGGCAAAGGAACUGCGAACGCAAUAAUCCAUUGUAAGGCAACGUGUAGUAUUAGGAGUGAGGAUGAUGUGGUCUCCGACUGCGGGAAGAGCCCGAGUAUUUAAACCCGGGCAAUGCCGUCUCUAGGUUGUCCUACUGGGAGCCGCACGCGACAAUCAGCAUCUCAAAAUACUUCGGUCUCCUGAACAUUUGAGGGCCUUCGAUAUUAGAUCUCCCAAGGCGCAACGAAAUCGACCCCUCUACCCGUCAUGGCAUUCAACCUAGAGGCACCGCCGGGCACCGACAUCUGGCGGAAGCCACCGAGCACCAACAUUUGGAACGCACCCAUCUCACACACGAAUACGGGCCCGCUGAAGAAGUUCCUCUCGGCGCGCGUGACAUUCUGGGCGGACUGGACCGAGAGGUACGACCAGGCGGGGUUGCUCCUCGUGCCACGGCGGGCUUCGGCGCCACCGCCGACGUCGACGGGGCCAGCGCCAGACAAGUGGAUCAAGACGGGGCUCGAGUACUACCAGUCGCGGCCGCAGCUGAGCACUGUGGGGUGCGACCGGUUCGCGGACUGGAGCGUGGUGCCGCUCGUGCUCACAGCGGGCGAGGCGGACCCGGGGGCGGGGACCGGGCUCACCAUCGAGAUCGCGCGCGAGGGCGACGAGCACGGCAAGAGCCUCUGGGUGUACCGGCUGGUGCUGGGGUCCGGCGGCGAGGUGGCGGAGAGGAUCCCGCUCCGGGAGAUCUGCUGGGUGCUCGCGGACGAAGACGACGAGACGGCCGGCGAGUGGUUGCUCGACGUGGGCCCGCUCGUGGCGCGCCCCGAGAAGGUGGCGGCGGCUCCCUUGAAGGUUGAGUUUAAGAGUUUCGAGGUCCAGUGGGCAUCGUAGGUGACGCGAGGAGACCAGGGAGGAGGCAGGUAAUUUACCGAUGGGAAGAUGUACCUACCUAUUAUUGCUUUUACAAUACCUAUGCCCUAGCGUGUUCUUGCAUUGAGGAAGAACCCGUAGAGGUCUGUUGAGAGGUACCUCCAGGUUACUGUUAGAGGUACUAGGCCUCAUCUCUUCUACCUGCUAAUAUUUGCUAUGUACCUAGGUACCUGUGUCGCAGUGCUAGGGUACCGCUUGACAGCGGCAAUUUCAAAUGGAAGUACCUACAUGGGACAUUUCCACGUCUAAUAGCAGGUACCUAAGGUACCUAAAGUAUCUGCC